AUGAUGAGCUAUAGGAUACAAGUGUUUCUCAUAUUGUUAUACACCAGCAAAGUAUUCACCGAUGGAUUGAAUCCUAUCAUUCUAAUUCCAGGUUAUUCAGGAAGUCAGAUUGAAGCUAAACUAAAUAACAAAACAAAUGUGCCAAACUUCUUUUGCAUGGAGAAGAGCGGUGAAUUCUUCAACAUUUGGGGUAGUAUAGAAGUAGUUUUUCCACUUCCCUUUGUGGACUGCUUGGCAGACAACUUGAGAAUGGUAUAUGAUAGUAAGACACACACAACCAAUCCUCCACCUGGCGUGGAGACGCGGAUACCUGGCUUUGGAGACACAGCCAAGAUCGAGAAUGUCAUGCCUAAUAAAAUGUCUCGAGGGAAUUACUAUCAUGAUCUAGUGGAAGGCCUGGUCAAUAGUAAAGGUUACGUGCGCAAUGUCAAUCUCCGAGGAGCUCCCUAUGAUUUCCGCAAGGCUCCCUAUGAAAACAAACAAUGGUUCAUUGAUAUGAAAAAUUUGAUUGAGGAGACUUACAAUAAUAAUGGCAAGAAACGGGUUAUAUUGAUUGCACACAGUUUUGGUGGACCUAUGACAUUGACCUUCCUCCAAGGUCAAGACCAAAAAUGGAAAGAUACAUAUGUGGCCGGUUUUAUCACAUUGGCUGGCGCAUAUGGUGGCACAGUAAAAUCAGUCAAGAUGUAUACUCUUGGAGAUGAUCUUGCAAGUAAAUACAUAGAUGCAAUGGUGCAACGUUCCUUCCAGAUAACAUGGUCUAGUCUGGCUUACCUCAUGCCUUCACCUCUAGUAUUCGACCCGAAAGAGCCGUUGGCUAGAGCAUUCAAUAUAGAUUUCUCUCUCUCCAAUAUUGAAUUUUUUUUCAGAAAUCUGAGCUGUCCUGAUUGCUAUGAAAUGUGGAAAGACUCAGAGCCCUAUAAAGACCGACUGGCACCACCUGGAGUUGAGGUUUACUGCUUGCAUGGUAGUGGCAUAGACACUAUUGAUGAAUUGACCCAAGAAGUCAACGAUAAGCCAAAUCAAGUGCAAAUCUGGACUAGUGACGGAGAUGGAACAAUUAACCGGGUGAGCUUGGAAGCAUGUGCUCGCUGGGAUCGUAAACAGACUCAAGCAUUCUACCACGAGGUCUAUCCAAAAGUGGAUCACAUGCAAAUCAUGGGGAACAAUAAUCCGACAAUGGUCAAUCGGAUAAUUGCAAUAGUGAACGAAAUAGCAAAUCAUACUGCAACCUAGGUCUGGUUCAAUAUGAAUAUUAAUGUAAAUAACCUUUUCUGUGUAACGUCAUUAAAAACCUACUACUGGAGUAUUAAACAUGUGAGGAAGUGUUGCAAUGACAGUGAUGUUCACUAUUAAUAAGUUAAUAAAGCUAUUAAUAAAUAUUGAUGGUUGAGGUUUUUAAUAAACUGUUUUAUUUCAUUUU